AAUGAGCCACCCAUUGUUUACUAUCGAUAUCCAAUUAUCGGCCAUACAUUUGAGUUUAUAACGAAUUGCGGAAAGUUAUUUGCAGAAUCUCGUGAAAAGCAUGGCGAUAUAUUUUCAUUAUAUGUAUUCGGCGAAUUAGUGACUGUAGCUGGAAAUGAUUUAGUUCACGAAGUAUACAAAAACGAAGGUCUUGAAUUUAAUUUUCUGGAAAGCCAUGAACAAGUAGUGACAAGAUAUGUGUUUUCCUACGCUGCAUUCGAUUUCAAUAAAAGUCUUAAACUGUUGAGAGAGUUUUUUAAAUUAAAAUUAGCCAAUAACACGAGAAAUAUACAUCAAGGCAUUAUUGAAAGCAUGAAUUUUUGUGUUGGUGAAUGUGUUGUUGUUGAAAGACGUCUUCUUUAUAAAAAGAAACUAGGUGAUAGAUGGGAUGCACCUGUGGAUGCUCUACAAACUUUCCUAGACAAUCCUGAAAUAGCUCCAGAUUUUGAUCCAAAUCAUGUAAAUUAUAACAUAAUUGUUGACAUAAUUGGUGUAUAUAUAUUUGCUUCUAUGGCAAAUACAUCCAUUGCACCUACUUAUGCUUUAGUUGAGUUGGCAAAAAGAAAGAAAGAUUAUUGGCAAGAGUUACAUCAAGAAGCUCAGGAAGUUAAUAAACAGAGUAAUGGCAAACCUACAUAUAAUGAUUUUAAAAAUAUGGUCAAAUUAGAAAACUUUAUUAAAGAAUCUUUAAGAAUAAAUUCUAAUGUGUCUAAUGUGCCACGUCCUUGUGUUAAUGAAACUUAUACAUUCACGAAUGGAUAUCAAAUUCCGCAGGGUAAUCUUUUG